UGUACUUUGGAGCACCUCGUUCUACUGUCCAUGAAGUCACAACACUCCAGCACAGCUUAUUUUAUUUCUGCUGUCAUCAUGGCCUCUUAUAAAAGGAGAAUAAGAAGGAGUCUUCACUGCUCCCGGUAGCACGCACCUUUCAAAUCCUCAAGAAACCCUUCUCAGAGAAGUUUAUCUACUCUACUAGACGAUCCACCCUUCAAAAUAUCCUCUCACACUAAGACUGUCAGGCAUUGAUACAUAUCAUGUCGUCUAUCUCGAAGUCUGCCUUCAAGAAAUUCCUGGACCAGAUGCCAUUCGGCAAAGUCGUUCAGAAGACUAAAAACGCUCACCGAGGCCAGCGACUUUGGCCUUCUCAAACAUCGAAAAACGAUAAAAAGUACAAUUUCCGGGCGGAUAAGGGAUCGAAACUUCCGGACGGACGGCAGGAGAUAAUCAUCCAGGCAAACAAGAAUGCUGACGACAAAGGUGUUCGGGAAAGUGCACAGAAGGACAGUCAUAGGAUUGUGGCAAAAGUUGCUGUCGAUCCUGUCAAGGACCCGCAGGGGGAUAGUAUCAAUGAAGAUGCAUUGAAUUCUUUUGAAGAAAACAACUAGUAUUCGGGUAUAUGAAAGAAUUUGCUGAGAUUUCUAAGGGCUUCUCUCCUGGGCUGUGUAGCGAUAAGUCUAGUUAAAGCAACAUAUCCCAAAUCCAACAUACAACCCGACCCAAUAUCAAACUUGGAGUGUUCCUGAUAGGAUUCGAUUCUUUAAUGUAAACUUAUAAAUGCUCACAUAUCCACUCUUCCUCUCCCAGUUCUUUUGCAGAGCUACGCUUGCCCGGCUCCCAUUGCAACAUUUUCCGUAUUAGUGAUAAAAAUUUCACUCUGUCGUGUCCCUCAAGAGAAGUUUCCCUAUCCUCGAGCGGAGUGCGUUCCGGUAAUGGAAUAUUAGCGCAGAAGGCACCUAGAGAAUCAGGCAUAGUUAGUGGAUACAAUUGUUCCCCAGAUAAUACAAGAAGCUUGACUUGCCCUCAUCCGAAAAGAAUUUGUGGCUUUGCCUCCCUUGGGCAAGAAGCGUAGG